CGCCCCACACCCGGUGCCGCUGUUUGCUCCGGCGCUGCCUGUAAGCAUGUGAGGUCAGCUCAGGCUCUCUCUCGCUCGCUAGCCCAGAGAUAUAUACGCGCCGCGCCCCUGCUCCGCUCCGCUCACCCUCCACCUCGACACCUCUCUCUCUCUCUCCCUCGCGAGCAGAGAGUCAGACACAGCCCAACCGAGCAAGGAGAGCAAGGAGAGCAGAGCGGCGGCGGGCAUGGAGGGCGGCAAGGCGGCGGCCUACGCCCACCACCACGACACCGCCAGGCUGCUCAAGGCCUUCAGCCGCACCGUCGAGCCGCGCAACUUCGGCAUCGGCCUCGUCGCCGGAUUCCUCCUCGUCACCUGCGCAUACUUCUCCACCGCCAAGUUCGACGCCAUCCACAUCGCGCCCCUCGUCAGCCCCCUGGAGACCCGGAUUGGCUCGCCGGUGAGCGCCGCCGCCGCCGGCUCCAAGACCCAAUUAGAUUUGGGCGUGCUGGGGCAGGACGCGGCAUUAUCCGGGGAGGGGAGCAAGGCCGAGGUGCUGGACACGGACGGCGACGACCACACGACCACCUCCCCCUCCUCCUCUUCACCGCAAGAUUUGGUCCACGAUGCGUCGCUGGCGGACACGAAGAAAGAUGACACCUUUGCGAGGGACGGCGAUGCUGCGGCCGUGGAGGCCGCCAAGGACGAUGACGCCGCCGGCGCUCUUCUCCCUCCCCUGUCGGCAAACGGCACGCAAGAGGAACAAGGUGUUCUUGAGGACCAGGAGCUGCUAGUGCAGGAUGCCAUUGCCGCUGCUAAUUCACCAAACAAGAGCUCCAGCAAUGGCGGCUCACAGUCCGUGGUUCAAUCCGACCCGGCGACGAUUCCUGCUCCAGUCCAGCAGACUCCUCCUACCGUUCCAGUUCCAGAGGCUCCCAAGCAGAUUCCCCUCACUCCAGAGGCUGUCAAGCAGCAGCCAGGUUCGGAGGAGGCGGCGACGGCGCCCCGGCGGGAGGGGAAGCCGCUGUGCGACCUGACGUCGAACCGGCGCAUCGACUGGUGCGAGCUGGACGGCGACGUGCGCGUCCACGGCGCCAAGGCCACCGUCACCCUGGUCGGCGCGCCGCAGGCCGAGGAGUGGCGCAUCAGGCCGUACCCGCGCAAGGUCGACCCCAACGCCAUGCGCCACGUCACCAACAUCACCGUGCGCUCCACCACGACUCUCCCCGGCGCCGGCGAGGACGACGAGUGCGCGAUCAGGCACUCGGUGCCGGCGCUGCUCUUCUCGGACCGCGGGUACACGGGCAACUACUUCCACGCCUACACCGACGUCAUCCUGCCGCUCUUCCUCACGGCCAAGCAGUACGGCGGGGAGGUGCAGUUCCUCGUCUCCGACCUGCAGAUGUGGUGGGUCGGCAAGUUCCUCCCCGUCUUCAAGAGCCUCUCCAACUACGACCUCGUCGACCUCGCCGCCGACAACCGCACCCGCUGCUUCCGCCACGUCCAGGUGGGGCUCACCUGCCACGCCGACUUCAGCAUCGACCCGCUCCGCGCCCCCAACGGCUACUCCAUGGUCGACUUCACCAAGCACAUGCGCGGCGUCUACGGCCUCCCCCGCGGCCUCGCCGUGCCGGCCACCGGCGCCAGGCCACGGCUUCUGCUCAUCGCGCGCGCUAGCACGCGGCGGUUCGUGAACGCCGACGACAUCGUGCGCGCGGCGCAGAAGGUCGGGUUCGAGGUGGUGGUGUCGGAGGGCACGCACGAGGUGGCGCCCUUCGCGGAGCUGGCCAACACGUGCGACGCCAUGCUGGGCGUGCACGGCGCCGGGCUGACCAACAUGGUGUUCCUGCCCACGGGCGGGGUGGUGAUCCAGGUGGUGCCGCUGGGCGGGCUGGAGUUCGUCGCCGGCUACUUCCGGACGCCGUCCAGGGACAUGGGCCUGAAAUACCUCGAGUACCGGAUCGCGCCGGCGGAGAGCACGCUGACGGAGCAGUACCCGCCGGACCACGCCAUCUUCACGGACCCCGACGGCGUGAAGAGCAAGGGGUGGGAGUCGCUGAAGCAGGUGUACCUGGACAAGCAGGACGUCCGGCUGGACCUCAAGAGGUUCCGGCCGCUGCUCAAGAAGGCCAUCGCGCACAUCAGAGCAAACAAGCUCCAGUGAAUCCUUCAUUUGAUCUUCUUCUUUGACUUUUUUUUUUUUGUUUCUUUUCUAAUUCUAGUUAUGAUGGUAUACCAGUAGAAUGUAUGUAUCCAUAUCUAUAUAUGCCAGUGUAUGUAGCAGUCUAGCGGAUGAGAUGAGAAGAGAUCGGACGACAAAAAAAAUUGUAUGAUAUGGCAGGCAUGGCGAUCAAGUGUAGAUGAGAUGGUCAAGAGUAGCAGAAAACUGUACUACCCAAAGAUGUUAGCUGAUGGAUGGUUUUUUCAGAGGCAUUCAGUAGCAAUUUCAUCAUUCUUUGUUUC